AUGAGUACUAUCACGACUCGCGACAGGCGACUACCUAACGCAGGGUUAGGAACAUUAGCACGAGUCAACUCAGCAAAGGAUCUCGCGGUAGCAUCUGACAUUAAGCCAGGACGCCAACGAGGAGGAAUCAAGUUUCAUGCCAACACAGACAGGAUCAAUAUAGUCAAAGAUCCUGCCAUGUAUCGGGCUGAUCGUGAAAUGAAUCUGGCUCACUUUAAGGAACUCAUGAAUAUAUUUAGGCUGUCAUCCAAUAGCAACACGGGGACAAUGUCACUAGAGGACUUCAAGAGUGCAUUUGCAACAGUUCUGGGAAAAGGACUCACAGAUGAGCAGAUGAGCAUUUUAUUCAUGAAAAUAGACGCCAAUACCGACAAUGAAAUUGAUUGGGAUGAUUUCAGUACAUACAUGCUACUUCGCGCUGAGGGUCAAAAGCUGAUGCUCGAAGAAGCAGAAACACGUCUUUUCGAUGCUGACAUCACUCAUUAUCCAACCGCAGCAGCUCACAAAGACAUUAUUGUUCGGAUCCAGUAUAUUGAAUCGUUGAAGCGAUACAUGAGCUGUAGUCGCGAAGGAACACUGUGUUAUUGGAAUGAUCGAUUGAAGCUACAACGAGCUUAUAAAAAUGCUGGACAAUUAUGCCAAGACCAGAUUGAUGAAAAAAGAAACCAACAGGCAAAAACUCAGUCUGGAUCGCAACAUAUCCGAUGGAUUCACGAUGCAGUAUUUAUGGAAAACGUAAACAAAGUUGCACUGGCUUCAGAUGAUCAUCAAAUCACAAUUCAUGAUGGAACUACACUUGAAAAAGCACUCUGUUUUGACCUUCAAAAUGUCAACGUUCUUACAUUGGACUAUUGGACUGAUAAAAACAAUUCCAACUCGACGGAAAGUAUGCUAUUUUACGGAACAGACUCGGGAUAUGUCAAUGUGUUCACAUUCAACAAUGAUAAAAUGUUCAAAAUUGGUGUCCGCCAAAAAGACCAUGCAGAACACAUUUUUUUGGAGAAAAAAGGUGCAAGCAACAAGGCACUUAAAAAUUGGGGAACGCUUUGGAAACGUAGAGCGCAUGGGGAUUGGGCAGUCAAGGUCAAGUACAUACAUGAUCUACAUGCAAUUAUUUCCUGUUCGCCAGAUCCUAAAGAAUCGCUCGUUGUUGCUAUUAUGGAUUACAAUCGUAAAUGGAAAGUUCACGUCUCGCCUGUUCAUAAAGGUGUCAAUGCUUUUGCUUAUUGCCGAACUCCUGUAGCUUUAAUUACCGGCGGUACCGAUCGUCAACUCCGAUUGUGGAAUCCUCAUCGAUUAAACCACCCAAUAGCUGCAAUGAAAGGACACAAUUCUCCAAUUAUUGACAUCACAGUAAAUGAACUUAAUGGCCAAGUGAUUUCACUUUCUGUCGAUACAAACAUCAAGAUUUGGGACAUUCGCAAACAGCAAUGCUUGCAAACCAUUUCUGAUUCAUCUUUCCAAAAAGACGACCUUGUGCCGGCCAUCAUGUUCAAUCCUCACGCAAAAAGUAUUAUUGCAGGAAUUUUCCAUCCCAUUGCUUAUCAUUUGAAGGAGCAGACGGCUGUCACGGAAACUCCCAAAAGCCAUGACUUUCCUAUCCGAUCCGUCAUGUAUAAUCCCGCGUUUAAACAGGUUGUUAGUGGAUGUGAUGGCGGCGUCGUGAAUGUCUGGGACGCUUUAUCCGGACAAAAAACGUUUAGGUUUUCCGAGGUACAUGGAAAAUCAGAGAUCACUGCAAUGUCAUUCGAUGCUAGUGGUCGUAGAUUGGCAACUGGAGGAAGAGAUGGGACAAUCAAGAUUUGGAAUUUUAACAAUGGCCAACUACUGCAGGAACUGGUGAAAAAGGACAAGACAGAAGUUACUGGAUUGGCUUUUAUUGAUAUGAGAGACUCGAUGUAUUUUGUGGCAACAGGAUGGAAUCGAAAAAUCACAAUGUUCAUCAAUGACCCUGACUCACUGACUGUAUAUCCGACAUUUACGUGGCCAGAUCCAACUCUAAGCGGAGGUAAUGUCGGGCGACAUGAAGACGAUAUUUUGUCAAUGGCCUUUUGUCCUCCUAAUAUUUUAGCAACAUCGAGCUACGAUGGCGAAAUUGUGAUUUGUAACUUGCACUCUGGUCAUGUACUACACAAAAUGCGACCUAUUGGAAAAGAAGAGCAAGUCAAUCGAUUGAAGAGUAAAUCAAUAGAUAAAGUACUUUUUCUACCCAAGCGUAAUAAAAUGCGCGAAGCUGGAUCGUUGGUAUCGGCCGGAUCAGAUGGACAGAUUCGUUUCUGGAACAUUAUUCUAGGGACACUUCUUUUAGAAAUAGAUGGAACUCAAGGUCGCAAUGAAGGCGUUUUCACCAUGAUAUCCAAUACACCCAACACCUUGCUGUUUACAGCUGAUGCUCUGGGAUGGGUGAAUGUGUUUGAUAUUAAGGAAACAGCAAUCAAUGAAUACUCUCCUGCAGCAAUGCCUUUGGUUGUUUCAUUCCAUGCACACGUUAGAUCAGUGACAAGCAUGGACAUUAUUGAAAGUCAGGAUGUGAUUAUUACAAGCUCGGCUGAUUGCACGAUCCGGAUGCAUACUUUUAAAGGAGAGUAUAUUGGCAUUUUUGGACAAUCCACAAUGUGGGAGCUUGGUAAUCCCCAAACCUAUAAACAUCCACUACGACCAGUAGAUGUAUUGGAAAAGGCAAAACUUGAGGCUGAACGUGCAGAUGCAUUGGCAGAACAAGCAAAUCGUGAUGCGUAUCCUACAGAUUUGACUUUUACAGGAGCUCAUUCAAGUAAUCGUGCACCUUUGUCGAAUUAUAUAGCAAAUGGACCAAAGUCGUCAUUGUUGGGUAGUCUUUCCAAGUCUAUGAAAUAUGAGGGCCAGAGUAGGCUUCGACAAAAUGAUGCUUUUGCCACGACCCAAUCCGUCAACAAAUUAAUAUCGAGUGGGUUCGAGUCUACUGGACUUUAUGAGCUUGGACGUGGCAAAACGAUUACAAUUCCACCAUUAUUGACUCAGACUACUACGAUUCCAUUCAGUCAAAUUAACCAUAGCACGCCAAUGUUGAAUACCGAGGUGUCACAUACACAGUCAUUUUCUACCCAGCUGGGUAAAGCAACACCAGCCAUCAACCAACAAUCUUUAAUGCAACUACCUCCAAUUAAACCAAUACAAACGUAUAAUUCAAAAAUAGAAAGCAUCAACCUAGGAACUACAUUACGAUCUUAUACACGCAUCAAAACGGCCGAUCUGUUCAAAAACAACAAUAGCUCGUGGUAUGCUCGGUCACAAUAUGCACACAACACGUUUCAAACCCAAAAUAAACGUAAAAGCCAUUUAAAACCACUGAAUAUUGGUCAAGGAACUGGACUUCGUGUGUAUUAUAGUCUACAGCCAUACGAGUUGAAAGAUGUUGACAGCAGUCGUUUGACAGCAGCAGAGUUGAUUGGCGUUGAUUCAACUUGUAAAACCGAAGAUUCAACACCUUGA